AGUUUGCAAUUUGCAAUAUAUAAGUAGAUAUGGCAGGGCAAAAUGUGAUCGGAGUCGAAAGAUCUGAGAUUUAGGGUUGAAUCCUCUGUUUUCUUUCUAUAGUUAGCAAGCUUUUCUCUCUCAGAUCUAGCUCUGUGAUGGAACAAUACAAUUUAAUGGCAUCCACUUCUACUUGUAACCCUCAGCUUGAAGAAUCUGGCCCAUCUACUUCUUCAACUUCCGGUGAUUCCUCAGUCCCUGACUUUCUCAGAUACGAGCCUCCCACGAGGAAACUUGCCUUCCACAGCAAUAAGGAGUAUCAUGUUUUUCUGAGUUUCAGGGGACCAGAUGUCAGAAAGACUCUGGUCGAUCACCUAUUUGAAGCUCUUUCUGCAGCAGGACUCAAAGUCUACAAAGAUGAUGAAAAUCUGGAAAAGGGGGAAAAGAUCUGGCCGAGCUUGGAAGGGGCAAUCAAGAGCAGUGUCAUACGCAUUCCUGUAUUUUCCAGAGGCUAUGCAGAGUCAGUAUGGUGUCUCAAGGAGGCCGCUGCAAUGUUGAGCACCCCUGAUUUGAUCAUUCCUCUUUUUUAUCAUGUGAAUCCAACCUAUGUGAGAUAUCCUCAAAAUGAGUUGAGUCCCUAUAAGGAAUCAUUUAAGAAGCAUUAUGAGCAUCCAGAUCGACACCGAAGAGGAGAGGUUGAUGAAUGGAAGCAUGCCCUUUUCCAGAUCUGUGAUCGCUCAGGCUGGUCCACGGAUUCAACUCAAGGGUACGAAGCUCGCCUGGUAAAGAUAGUGGUGAAUGAUCUGAUGAAGACAUUGGAUAGAGUGCCGUUACAUGUUGCCAAACAUCCGGUGGGAAUGGAGAGCGUCAAGAAUGCUCUCAUUCAAAAAUUAAAUCUGAAUUCAGUGGAGGAGGUGAUUAAAGUUGGAAUAUGGGGCAUUGGUGGUAUUGGCAAGACCACAGUUGCCAAAGCCCUCUACAAUCAACUUCAUAAUGCUUUUGAAGCUGCUUCUUUUAUAUUUAAUGUCCACACCAGUUCUACAGAGCCCACAAGCCUUCCAAAAUUGCAGAAAAAAAUUAUCAAAGAUUUAACCACAUAUGAUAUAGAAGUGGACAGUGUUGAUAAAGGCAUAUCUUUGUUCACACAACAUUUGGGAGGAAAACGUGUUCUGUUGAUUUUGGAUGAUGUGGAUGUUGUUGAACAUUUGAAUGCUUUGGUUGGGGACUGGUUGUGUUCUGGAAGCAGAGUUAUAAUAACUUCUAGAGACAAACGCAUUUUCAAUGUUGCCCAGGUCUCAUCCCAAUGCAUCCACGAGAUUAGUGGAUUGGAGAUAAAUGAAAGCGUCCAAUUAUUUAGUUGGCAUGCUUUUUUGAGAGCAUCUCCAAGUCCGAGAUAUGAAGAUCUGUCCAAAAAAAUAGUGGAAGCUUGCAAGGGUCAUCCUCUUUCAUUGGAGGUGCUUGGAUCCUACUUGUAUGGGCAGAAUGACAUAGAUUGCUGGAAGGAAGCUCUUCACAACAUUACCCUUCGCCCCGAAAUUCAUGAGAGGCUUUAUAUCAGUUAUAAAGCUCUCAGUGACGAGGAAAAGGAAAUAUUCCUUGACAUUGCUUGCUUCUUUAUUGGCGAAGAAAAGACAUGGCCUGUCAUUUUUUGGAAAUCCUUGUACAAGAUGGUCAACACUGCUGUUUCUAAUCUUUCAAUGAAGUUAUUGAUAAAGAUUGACGAAGAGGGUGUAUUUGAUAUGCAUGACCACUUGCAAGAUAUGGGGCGAAGUGUUGCUGAAAAAGAAGGUACCCGACAAUGGGAGGCUGCCCAUCCAAGCACGACCAUAUCCAACAACAAUUUAUCUUGCCUUCGAGUCAAUGGAGGUAAUCCACAAAGGCUUGAAAUGCUGUACAAACCUGGUCUUCGUUAUCUUCAUUUGCAGAAUCUAGACAUUGAAGUCAUGACAAAAGACACACCAGUCAUGCUUCCCCCAAGUUUGAUAUGGUUAAGGAUGGAUCAUUGUCAAAUAAAGAAGCGGCGUCACUGCAUUAAGGGCAUCGCUUUGGAAUUGAAGGCAGCAAUAAAGAAGCGACGACACUCCAUUAAGGGCACCGCUUUGGAAUUGAAGACCAUGCAACUGCGAUCCUGCAAUGACAUCGACAACCUUUCUGUCUCCUCCCUAUUUUCACUUCCUGCUAUAAAGCUUCGUCACUUGGAGUUCUCAUGGUGUCAAAGCUUAAAUAACCUCCCCGAUACCAUUGGCAAUUUGUCACAGCUGCAGCACUUGGACUUGCAAUGGUGUUACAACUUAAAUAACCUCCCCGAUGCUAUUGGCAAUUUGUCACAGCUGCAGCACUUGGACUUGCAAGGGUGUCACAGCUUGAAUAACCUCCCCGAUACCAUUGGCAAUUUGUCACAGCUGCAGCACUUGGACUUGCAAAGGUGUUGGAGAUUUAAUAACCUCCCUGAUACCAUUGGCAAUUUGUCACAGCUGCAGCACUUGGACUUGCAAUGUUGUCAGAGGUUAAAUAACCUCCCCGAUACCAUUGGCAAUUUGUCACAGCUGCAGCACUUGAAUUUGGAAAUGUGUGAAAGCUUAAAUAACCUCCCCGAUGCUAUUGGCAAUUUGUCACAGCUGCAGCACUUGAACUUGCGAUGGUGUUUGAGCUUAAAUAACCUCCCCGAUACCAUUGGCAAUUUGUCACAGCUGCAGCACUUGAAUUUGGAAAGGUGUUCGAGCUUAAAUAACCUCCCCGAUACCAUUGGCAAUUUGUCACAGCUGCAGUACUUGGACUUGAAAGAGUGUACAAGAUUAAAUAACCUGUCGGAUAUCAUUGGCAACCUGUCACAGGUAAAUGUGUUACAGUAGGAUGUAUAAGUUUAAAUUGGGGAGAAUGUAAAAGUUUAAUUAUUAAUCU